CUCUUGUUUCCCUUUUGCGUCGGUCUGUACCUGAUCCUCACACCAACCCUUGCCACUCGCAUCCCUCCUCCUCCCACCUAUCUUGGUUGGGAUAACCUCUCUUGGGUGUCUGCUUCUUGUCUCUCACCCACCCUCCUCCUCCCUCACGUCCUCGGAUUUGGAAUAUCCCGAGUCAGCAUGUCAUCCUCACCAGUACAGACCGUUGUGUCGGUACCACAGCCGGCCAAAUGUGCAUCAGGCCCACCGAGCCCAGGCGAAGCAACAUUGACAGACCAGACUAUAGUCAAUGAGCUCUCAGAGAAGGUGGAGGCCUCACACAAUCAUGCAGGCAACAACCCCUGGGACCUUGAAGCCCAAGAGCACAAGGUGAAGAAGCUAUCUCGGAUCCGGUAUGCCUUGCUCAACAUCUACCGUCGUCUCUUCACCUUGGUCUUCCUUGCCAAUGUUGCCGUGUUCGUGGCCAUCAUGGUCACGGACCGGACUCUGUUAGCCCUGGUCAACGCCACCGCCGGCAACCUGAUGGCAUGUGGUUUGGCACGACAGCCGUUGGUAGUCAACUCCAUCUUCAUUUCCGUCUGCUCUAUACCAAGAUCAGCCCCGAAAUGGUUGCGUCUGCUGGCCGCAAAGGCGUAUCAUUAUGGCGGCGUGCACAGCGGAUGUGGCGUAGCCGCUUUCGUUUGGUAUGUGGGCUUCGUGGGCGUGAUGUCUCGGGAGUACUGGACCGGAGCGUCGGUUCUAUCCCUUGCGCCCGUUGUCUUAGCAUACGUUAUUCUUGUCCUGCUACUGGCAAUCAUCGUUGUGGCCCACCCGAAGUUCCGCUUCAAGAGGCACGACUACUUCGAGCUGACGCACCGGUUCUCCGGAUGGCUCGUCGUGGCACUCUUUGUGAUAUUGCUCAUGAUCUUCGCUGACCAGGCCAAAGAGGCGUACCACGAGUCUCUGGGUCGGUUCCUCGUCACUCUCCCUGCGUUCUGGUUCUUGAUGGUCACGGUCGUGGCAAUCAUCCAUCCCUGGCUUCUUCUCCGCAAAGUCCCCGUCCGGGCCGAACACCUCUCCUCGCAUGCGGUGCGUCUCCACUUCACGCAUACCACGACGAACUUCGGCAAGGGCAUCCAAUUAUCCCGACACCCACUGCAAGACUGGCAUGGCUUUGCCACGUUCCCGGACCCAGAAGGUAAAAGCUUCUCUGCGUUGGUGUCCAAAGCCGGGGACUGGACAACAGCCUGCAUCCAAGACCCACCCACUCACCUCUGGAAGCGAGGGGUCUUGAUUAACGGCUUCGCAUACGCGAUGCGGGUCUUCAAGCGCGUGGUGGUUGUAACGACAGGAUCCGGAAUCGGCCCGUGUCUUUCCUUCCUGGGGGAUGCGAACCGGCCAGAACUCCGAGUGCUCUGGCAGACGCGUGCACCGCUCAAGACGUACGGUCAGGACAUCCUGAACCUGGUGUCCGAGAUGGACACGAACCCGGUGAUCAUCGACACCAACCAGGCAGGACGAAUCGACAUGGUCCCGAUUAUUCGACAGAUGGUUCGGGAUUUCGACGCCGAGGCUGUCUGCGUGAUCAGCAAUCCGUUCGUCACGAAGAAAGUGGUAUACGAACUGGAAUCUCACGGGAUCCAUGCAUAUGGACCCAUUUUCGAUUCAUGAUGUGCAUAUCUUCCUCCAUCUAUGUAAUUGUUCUUUUUUUGUUGUCUUUAUUUCAUGUUCAUGGUUAUGUGAUAUCUUUUUUAUUGUUUGAUGAAGAU